AUGCCGGUGAACGCGCUGCCCCGCGGCGGCAGCAGCGGCUUCGGCGGCCCGGGGUCCCUGAGCCCGGCGUCGCUGUCCCGGAGCCUGUCCCGGCUGAGGGAGUUCCGGACCCGGACGAGGAUCAUGCUGGCUCUGGGAGUCUCUCAGAUGGUCCUGGGGAGUCUGAUCCUGGCGGUGAGCUUCGCGGCUUUGGCCCUCACCACAUCACCCAGAGUCCGGCACUCGUGUCCCUUCUGGGCCGGAUUCUCUGUUCUGCUCUCCGGACUCAUCGGAGUGGUGUCGUGGAAGAGGCCGCUGUCUCUGGUGAUCACCUUCUUCAUGCUGCUGUCUGCGGUGUGUGUGAUGCUCAACCUGGCCGGGUCCAUCCUCUCCUGCCAGAACGCUCAGCUCGUCAACUCCCUGGAAGACUGUCAGCUGCUCAAGUUUGACAGCGAUGGAGUGUGCGUGUGCUGCGAGCUGCAGAAGCAGAGCUCGAGCUGCAACAACCUGGGAGAGACGCUGAAGCUGAACCCGCUGAGGGACUGCAACACCAUACGCCUCCGUCUGAAGGAGCUGCUGUUCAGCGUAUGCGCCCUGAACGUCAUCUCCACCAUCGUGUGCGCUCUCGCCACCGCGAUGUGCUGCAUGCAGAUGGUCUCCACUGAUGUGCUGGCCAUGUUUAUGCCGCACAGAGCUCGAGCCCUGAACGCCGACUGUAUGACCCCCCAUGGAACCAUCCUGCACCAAACGCUGGACUUUGAUGAGUUUAUUCCUCCCAUUCCCCCACCACCAUACUACCCCCCGGAGUACACCUGCACCCCCUCCAUGGAUGGACAGAGAGGCCUGCACCUGGACUUCCCUCAUUCUCCCUUCAGUGCCAUCUAUGGGGUUCCCAUCAACAGCCCGGGGACGCUCUACCCAACGGACCUGCCCCCGCCGUAUGAGUCGGUGGUGGGUCAGACCCCGGCCAGCCAGGUCACCACCAGCAUAGACCAGCAGGCCACCGAGUCCAGUCUGUGUGAGAGGAACACCACCGCGGGCCUCAGCACUCAGGCCUCGGUGGACAGUGCGUCCCUGAUGGUGUCAGAGGUGGCCGAUCAGGACCAGACUUGCUCCUCGGAGGACCUGUGCUCCCUGGAGGUCCAGGGCUCGGACUCCUCCCCCUACGGCACGCUCCACACCGCCCCCACCGACGGAAGCUGCACCAGCCUGGAGCUCUGCACACGAGGUUCGUCGCGCUGCCAUCGCGGCCUGCCCACCACCGACGCUCGCCCCAGUGACACCGGCUACAGCGAGUCGUCGCACACACAGGAGUCCCUGGAGCGCUCGCCGGACUGGUCCUCGGGAAACUUUAGCAAUCUGGACCAGGAGGAUUCUACAGAGAACACACAUCCAUGUGAGGAACUCAGGGCCGCAAUGCAUAUAUGCGAUGAGCUGGCCUCGGCCAAACAUUUACCAGAGGAGCCACCUAAAGCAUCCACACACGCCCUCAUUAAAGCACGGAUGAUGAGCCGGAAGCUGACGCUGCCGGUCACCAUCCCCCCACCGCCUCAGCCCUGCUCCCCCACCUCCGUGGCCUCCUCUGGUGGGACUUCAGCGAUCAGCCCUUUGGCUCCUUCUCCCUCCCCUUCGCCUCCCAGCAGGCCUCGCGGCCCCAGGCUGUGCUUCAGUGUUUGGUCGCCCUCCUCCGCGUCGCAGCCUCCCUCUACCUCAGCCCAAAGCGGCCACUCGCCCUCAGACAGGCCUCGAGGGCUCCGAGCAGCCAGGAGGUACCGAAAACUGGCUCGCAUCGUCCGGUCCACCAGCGACCCAAUCUCCUGCUCCACUACGACAGGGAGAGAAAACUGUGGCUGCACCUCUGGAAGUAACCCUGCUGCUGAGGAUUCAGCUCACACAUCACCAGACCAGGAGCCCAGAGACGCUUCAGCAGAGACAGUGGGAGCUAAACCCAGUCAGACGAGCGUCAGGAAGCAGCAGAAGGAGGGCAGGAGAGUCGACAUCCACCUGAAACCCCGGUCUCUCCACACCCACUCCUCCCACGAACGCCCGCACUCUCUGGCUGACCUGAAGAUGUACAAAGACACCAAAAUAUUAGUGGCCAAGUUCCUGGAGCACUCAAGCUGCAGUCUACCUCCUGAAGUCCAGCAGGUCGUCAACAACAUCAAGUGCGUCAUCAAGUCGGACGAGAAACACAUGGAAGAGGCCAUCUUUAGUGCCAACGUCAUAGAUCAGGUGAUGACCCAGCGCAUCAUAGGCAGCCCCAGGAAGCGCGGCCACGAGGACCUUCACCUCCAGAGCUGCGGUGCUCUGAGUUCAUCCCCGUCCCCUUCCAUGCGCCGUCCAAAACAUCUCCCACAAACAACCAGCGCCUCCACCAACCCACUGGGCUCCCCUUCCUCUGAACAAAGCCUUGAGUGCAAAGAAACUAUUCUCUGACCACUCUCCCAACAAGGACUCGGGUCGAAACUCUGAGGGCGUUCCAGGGUGCUGGUGCUGCAGACACGCUGUCCUGUGCUGCUGGUGUCUGCGGGCUGUUUAUUAACUCUUCAGGCGUCACCAGAUCACGUUCUGCACAGUGUGGCUGCAGCACAAAGCAACUGAAAUGCUGUCAAACUGUAUUUCCUAGUGCCCUGUGAGACCGUGCCAAGUCAUCAGCAGAAAUGGUAGCAAACUCAGACUGAGCCUGCCAGUGUCUGUAGUGGCUUCUUUCUCAUCAGAAAAACAAAAGAAUGUUUCUCCCUCAGGGGAUCUUUUCUACUGAGUUUCAUCUCUUAAAAAAAAAACAGAAACAAAUACACAGCUGGUAAGUUUGGAUCUGUGGCUGACAGACAAAGGAGAUUGUGUUUUCAGUAUUCCUCUUGUCCUCAUAAGAAACAGAGACGACGUGUUUGUAUUAAACUGUGAACUGAACUGACAGGGCAUUGCUAGCCGUUGUUUGCAGACUUUGUGGAGUUGUUGCGGAUCGGGUGGUGAAUAUUUUGUGGUUCGAGAACAUCACAGAUGUGGAUUAUUUAACUUACCUCAUUGUGUUACGAUUCUUU